AUGUCUCAGCAACAACAGCAGCAGAAGCCCCUCCCCUUCAUCUACCAGUUCGCCGCUGGUGCGGUGGCCGGUGUGUCCGAGGUACCCAUUGGACGUCGUCAAGACCCGCGUGUAAGUCGCCAACCGCCCCUCCACGCGACCACCUUCCCCGCUAACGCCCGCAGACAACUCCAGAAGGGCGUCGCCACCGCCGGUGAGGACUACUACAAUGGCAUGUUCGACUGCCUGCGCAAGAUCGUCAAGAACGAGGGCGCCUCCCGGCUCUACCGCGGCAUCACCGCCCCCAUCCUCAUGGAGGCGCCGAAGCGCGCGACCAAGUUCGCCGCGAACGACAGCUGGGGCGCGUUCUACCGGGGCCUGUUCGGCGUGGAGAAGCAGACGCAGAGUCUGGCGGUGCUGACGGGCGCGACGGCCGGCGCGACCGAGUCGUUCGUGGUGGUCCCCUUCGAGCUGGUCAAGAUCCGGCUGCAGGACCGCGCGUCGGCGGGCAAGUACAACGGCAUGCUGGACGUGGUGAAGAAGAUCGUGGCCUCGGAGGGUCCCCUCGCGCUGUACAACGGCCUCGAGUCCACGCUGUGGCGCCACAUCCUCUGGAACAGCGGCUACUUCGGCUGCAUCUUCCAGGUGCGCGCGCAGCUGCCCGCCGCCGAGCCCGGCAACAAGGCCCAGCAGACCCGCAACGACCUCAUCGCCGGUACGAUCGGUGGUACCGCCGGUACCAUCCUCAACACCCCCAUGGAUGUCGUCAAGUCGCGCAUCCAGAACAGCCCCAAGGUCCCCGGACAGACGCCCAAGUACAACUGGGCCUGGCCGGCUGUCGGUACCGUCAUGAAGGAGGAGGGCUUCAGCGCCCUGUACAAGGGCUUCAUGCCUAAGGUGCUGCGGCUGGGUCCUGGUGGUGGUAUCCUGCUGGUCGUCUUCACCGGUGUCAUGGAUUUCUUCCGCAAGAUGCGCGGUGAGUAA